UUUCGCUGUAUUAGCACACAAGAUACUGAAGAAAACGUUAUCCAGAUAUUCUGACGAUUGACUGACUAUGACGUUCGCUGCUUUGUUUUGUGUCCUGGCGUUGGCGUUUGGAGGAUCUCUGGGAUGUGAUUCCACAGAGUGGAAUUUUGUGACAGGCAAUAACAAUGGUAAUAAAGUCCGCUUGACUGUCGGUCUCAAUCGACGCAACAUGAUAAUAAUUCCUGACGAAGUGAAAGAUCGUAAACGGUGCUCUGUGCGAACAAUCAACCUGCAUGACUUUGAAGAGGGUUUGGUUGCCAUAAAGGACCCAAUAAAACGGUCUUGCUGGGUGAAACCUCUUGGGACUACAGAUACAUAUGAAAACGCAAAACAGGCUUUUAAUAGUGGAAAUGACGUUAUACAGACUACUGAAGAUUGGUUGGUUCCUAAACGGGCUCUUGACAAAGACCAAGUGCUAAGAGAGGUCGGAAAUCUGUUGGCCGAUUUCUGCUCGGAUUCGGAGGUCUACAUGCUUACACGAGAAAAGCUAAACUUUGACACGAUUCACGCCUUUGUGAGCAAAAACAAACAGCGCUAA